UCUCCUAUGAAGACCGAUACACUUGCUACUUGGAAUAAAAUUUCAAACCCAAAAACACAGCUCUCAAAACCUCACCAUGCCAAUUCACUCCUUCAAUCACUCCCUUACUUCAUACACCACCGUCGUCGUCGUUCUCCUCCUCCUCCUCCUCCUCCAAACUUCAACUCCGAUAAUCAAAGCCCUCGCCGAAAACUCCCACGUCAUCAAUUUCCAAUCACCACACCUCUAUCCAGAAUCCCUAGCGUGGGACCCUUCAAAACAACACUUCCUCGUCGGAUCCCUCCGUCACCGCACCAUCUCAUCAAUCUCCGAUGCUGGCAUAAUCGAAACCCUAAUCUCCGAUUCCUCUCUCCCCGAAAACGUCACCGUUGUAGGUAUAACAGUGGAUUCACGCAACAAUCGCGUCCUCGCUGUAAUCCACGCCGUCAAACCUCUUCCUCCUUUCAACGCUCUCGCCGCCUACGAUCUAAAAUCCGGCAACCGCCUCUUUCUCUCCCCUCUCCCCACCGAUGAAGAAGCCCUCGCAAACGACGUCGCUGUUGAUUACAACGGCAACGCUUACGUCACGAACUCCAUCGGCAACUACAUCUGGAAAGUCAACGUGAAAGGAGAAGCUUCAAUCUUCUCAAAAUUGCCGAGGUUCACCGAACAUCCGGUGGACCGCGACACACCAUAUAGUUACAUCGGGCUCAACGGUAUUGCUUACGUCAGCAGCGGGGAUUAUCUCUUGGUGGUGCAAUCCAAUACAGGUAAGGUUUUCAAGGUUGAUGCGGACGACGGUACAGCCAGGCAGGUACUUCUCAACGAGGAUCUCACGCGUCCUGCUGGCGUCGUUUUUAGAAGUGACGGUGUCGUAUUGGUGGUUUCACCGCAAGCGAAUAAGUUGUGGCUUCUGAAGAGUAAUAAUGGAUGGGGGGAGGGUGUGGUUUAUGACAAAAUUGACCUUGAGAGUGAAGGGUACCCUACUUCGGUUGUUUCGAGAGGGAGGGAUAAGAUGUAUGUGUUGUAUGGGUAUUUUUUGGAGGGUCUUUUGGGGAAUUUAGAGAGGGAGGGUUUUAGAAUUGAGGAGAUUAUGUCACCAAAGGAGAGUGAGGGAGAGAAUGUUUGGCUUUAUGUGAUGAUUGGAUUUGGCAUGAUGUAUUUUGUGUAUUGGAGGUUUCAGAUGGGUCAGCUUGUGAAGCAUAUGAACAAAAAGAUCAAUUGAUUAUUUCUAAGUUUAUAGUUUCUAUUUCAUGGUUAUAACUUUUUUUGUUUUGUUUUGUUGUUAUUGUUAGGUUUAUAGAAUCAUAGGAGUGACAAUUGUAUCAUUUUGAUGUUUUAUACCAAAUUCUUAUUAAGUGCCAAUGCAUACUAUUAGUUAUGUUGCUUUUCUUAAUUUUUGUGGUUGUUCUUAUGAGUAGAGUUUGUGCAGAUAACUGUGUUGAUCGGAGAGACUGGUUCUGGGAAGAGUACUCAAAUUGUGCAGUUUCUAGCUGAUUCUGGCAUUGGGGCUGAUGGGUCAAUUGUGUGCACCCAACCUCGCAAGAUUGCAGCCAAGUCAUUGGCUCAAAGGGUGCAGGAGGAAAGUAGUGGAUGUUAUGAAGAAAAUUCAAUACAAUGUGUUUCUACAUUUUCAUCCAGUCAGAAGUUUGAUUCCAGGAUAUCAUUCAUGACAGAUCACUGUUUAUUGCAGCGGUAUAUGACCGAUAGAAAUUUGUCUGGGGUGUCGUGCAUUAUAGUUGACGAGGCUCAUGAAAGGAGCUUAAAUACAGAUCUACUGCUGGCAUUGAUAAAGAAUUUACUUUGUAAGAGGGUUGACUUGCGCCUUAUCAUUAUGUCUGCCACAGCUGAUGCAAAACAGCUAUCGGAUUAUUUCUAUGGCUGUGGAGUUUUUCAUGUACAUGGGAGAAACUUCCCGGUAGAGAUGAGAUAUGUUCCUUCUAAUUAUGCAGACCAUUCUGGCCCCGCUGCCGUGGAAUCCUAUGUUGUUGAUGUUGUCAGAAUGGCAACAGAGAUUCACAAAACAGAGAAGGAAGGAACUAUUCUUGCCUUUCUGACCUCACAGGUAGAAGUAGAAUGGGCCUGUGAAAAGUUUAAAGUCCCAUCUGCUGUUGCUCUGCCCUUGCAUGGAAAACUUACAUCCGAAGAGCAAUUUCAUGUUUUCCAGAACUAUCCUGGAAAAAGAAAAGUGAUAUUUUCAACCAAUCUUGCAGAGACAUCAAUUACAAUUCCUGGUGUUAAGUAUGUCAUAGAUUCCGGGUUGUUUAAAGAUUGCCGAUUUGAUCCUUGCACUGGGAUGAAUGUACUUAAGGUUUGCUGGAUCAGCCAGAGCUCAGCUAAUCAAAGGGCUGGCCGUGCUGGGAGGACUGAGCCUGGCAGGUGCUAUAGGAUGUACUCAGAAGCUGAUUAUAAUUCUAUGGAACUAAAUCAAGAACCUGAGAUUCGGAGAGUUCAUCUUGGUGUAGCAGUUUUGUAGAUCCUUGCUUUAGGGGUGAAGAAUGUGCAGGAUUUUGAUUUUGUGGAUGCUCCAAGCCCUAGUUCGAUUGAGAUGGCGAUCAGGAAUCUAAUUCAAUUAGGAUUCAUUAAACUGAACAAUGAUGUUCAUGAGCUAACUUAUGAAGGUAGGUACUUGGCAAGAAUGGGGAUUGAACCUAGGCAUGGUAAACUUAUUCUUGGCUGUUUCCAACUUGCUCUGGGCAGAGAAGGUGUUGUCCUUGCUGCCAUGAUGGCCAAUGCUAGUAACAUAUUUUGCAGAUUUGGUAAUGAAGGUGAUAAGCAAAGAUCUGAUUGUCUCAAAGUGCAAUUUUGCCAUUCUGAUGGUGACCUUUUUACACUUCUCUCUGUGUACAAAGAAUGGGAGGCUCUGCCUCAAGAGAGGAGGAAUAAGUGGUGUUGGGAAAAUAGCAUCAAUGCUAAAUCUAUGAGGAGAUGCCAAGACACAGAUUUCGAGUUAGAAUCUUUUCUAGAGCGUGAACAUGGCUUUGUUGUUCCAAGUUACUGGCGUUGGGAUCCUCAUACACCUUCUGUUCAUGAUAAGAAUAUGAAAAAGGUUAUACUGGCCUCACUUUCUGAAAAUGUAGCCAUGUUUUCUGGACGCAAUCAACUUGGUUAUGAAGUAGCGCAAACUGGACAACAUGUUCAACUGCAUCCAUCUUCUUCCUUGCUCGUGUUUGCUCAGAAGCCUAGUUGGGUGGUUUUCGGUGACCUUCUCUCAGUGUCUAAUGAAUAUCUAGUCUGUGUUAGUGCUGUUGAGUUUCAAUCAUUAUAUGACCUUCAACCCCCUCCCUCGUUUGAUGUAUCCAAGAUGGAAGAAUGGAAGUUGCAAACUAAGACAUUGACUGGUUUUGGCACUAUUCUUCUCAAAAGAUUUUGUGGGAAAUCCAACAGUAAUUUGCUUGGUCAUGUUUCACUUAUUAGGAAAGCUUGUUUGGAUGAAAGAAUCUUUGUUGAAGUGAAAGUUGACGAGAAUCUCAUCCAGUUAUAUGCCGCUUCACACGAUAUGAAUACAGCUACUAUGUUGGUGAGUGAUGUUUUAGAAUACGAGAAAAAGAGGUUACGCACAGAAUGUAUGGAAAAAUGUUUGUAUCACGGGUCUGGUUCUGCAUCACCUAUGGCUUUGUUUGGGUCUGGUGCUGAGAUAAAGCAUCUGGAACUCGAGAAGCAUUCCCUGAGUGUUGAUGUGUAUCACUCAAACAUAAAUGCAAUUGAUGACAAGGAGCUCCUGAUGUUUUUUGAAAAGAAUACCUCAGGUUCUAUAUGUGCUGUGUACAAGUUCCAAGGAAUGGGGAAGGAUCCUCCAGAUAGAGAAAAGUGGGGCAAGAUAACAUUUUUGUCCCCUGAUGCUGCCAAAAGAGCCGUUGAGCUGGAUGGAGACGAGUUUUGCGGCUCGAACUUGAAAAUACUUCCUUCACAAUCAGCUAUGGGAGGGGAUAAAACAUUUUUAUUUCCUGAAGUUAAAGCAAGAAUUUUCUGGCAUCGCAGACUUAGCAGAGGAUUUGGCAUAGUUAUAUGUGAUAAAAAUGAUGUCAAUUUCAUGUUGAGAGAUUUUUAUAACCUUGCAAUUGGAGGGAGGUAUGUUCGUUGUGCACCUAGUAAUAAGUCAAUGGACGGUAUUAUGAUAAGUGGGCUUGACAGAGAGCUUCAAGAAACAGAAAUUUUGGAUGUACUAAGAAAUGCUACAAGUAGAAGGAUUCUGGACUUUUUUGUGGUGAGGGGAGAGGCUGUUGGAAAUCCACCCUGCAGUGCCUGCGAAGAGGCACUCUUUAAAGUAAUUUCCCCCUUAAUGCCCAAGGUAGACCCUCAUAUUAGUUCUUGCCGUGUUCAGGUAUUUCCACCUGAGCCAAAGGAUUCUUACAUGAGAGCUUUAAUUAAUUUUGAUGGAAGAUUACAUUUAGAAGCAGCUAAAGCUUUGGAAGAAAUUGAAGGAAAGGUAUUACCCGGAUGUCUUUCAUGGCAAAAGAUAAUGUGUGAACAGUAUUUCAUAGCUCCUUGAUAUUUCCUGCACCAGUGUAUCACGUGAUUGCGGAACAAUUGGAAAAAAUACUUGCAAACUUCAACAAUUUAAAUGGUCUUGAGUGGAACCUAAACAGAACUGCUAAUGGUUCCCACCGACUGAAGAUAACAGCCAAUGCCACCAAGACAGUGGCAGAAGUUAGGAGACCUCUGGAAGAACUGUCGAGAGGAAAACUCAUUGACCAUGGAAGCCUUCCUCCCGCAGCUCUACAACUCAUUUUGUCCAGAGAGGGCAUGAGUCUUAAAUGCUCCAUACAGCAAGAGACCAAAACAUACAUAGUUUUUGACAGGCCCAGCCUGAACUCAAGAAUUUUUGGUUCACCAGAAAAGAUUGCUUUGGCUCAGCAGAAGUUAAUUCAAUCUCUACUCUCCCUCCAUGAAGAAAAGCAGUUAGUAAUCCCUCUGAGAGGGAGGGACCUACCUCCCGACUUGAUGAAACAAGUGGUUAAGACUUUUGGGCCAGAUCUUCAAGGGCUAAAAGAGAAGGUACCUGGGGCUGAUCUCAAACUUAACACACGCCAACAGGCAAUUUUUCUCAAUGGUAACAAGGAGUUGAAACCAAGAGUAGAGGAAAUAACUUUGGAGGUUGCGUGUUCAAGCAUUCAUUUAGUUGAGAGACUCGACACAGGACCUAGUUGCCCAGUUUGCUUGUGUGAGGUUGAGGAUGGAUAUCAACUUGAAGGCUGUCGUCAUUUGUUCUGCCGGUUGUGUCUGGUUGAGCAGUGUGAAUCUGCUAUAAGAAACCAAGGCAGUUUCCCAAUAUGUUGUGCUCACACGGGCUGUGGAGAUCCUAUUCUGCUUACAGAUUUCAGAACUCUCCUGUCAAAUGACAAGUUAGAUGAACUUUUCAGGGCUUCUUUGCGAGCUUUUGUAGCUUCGAGUUCAGGAACUUAUAGGUUUUGCCCGUCUCCCGACUGCCCCUCAAUUUAUCGAGUUGCAGACCCCGACACAGGUAGUGAGCCAUUUACUUGCGGAGCAUGUUAUUCAGACACUUGUACCAAGUGCCACUUAGAGUAUCAUCCAUUCGUUUCAUGCGAGAGAUACCGGGAGCUUAAAGAUGACCCAGAGAUCACAUCUCUGAGGGAGUGGUGUAAAGGGAAAGAACAAGUCAAGAGCUGCUCUGCUUGUGGGCAAAUAAUUGAAAAGGUUGAUGGGUGCAAUCACAUUGAGUGCAAGUGCGGAAAACAUGUCUGUUGGGUUUGCUUGGAAAUAUUUUUAGAAAGUGAUGAAUGUUAUGAUCAUAUGAGAACUAUACACUUAUCCAUAUAAAUUGCUAUUUGUGUGGUGAUUGUAAGUUUAGUAUAGUGGUAUAUAAUAUUAUGUGCAUAGGCGUUGGAAAAUGCAAAGAUGUGAACUAAUGUAUAUAUAAUAGCAGUUCUGCACUACUCUGUACCCAUCUUGUACACGAGAUUUCUUUAAUAUAAGUUUGCAUCAUUUGGGUCC